UCUGCCUCUAGAAGUCGAUCGUGAUCGUGGCCAGUCAGUACCGCUCGCUAGCAGAGAAGCCGAGAAACCGAGACCGAGACCCUCGCCCCUCCCCUCCGUUCAACUAAGAUAAUCAAAUAUAAAAUACACAAGUGUUUUUUUUCUAGUUUAAGUUUAAGACGCGCGCGUUUCGAGUUCUUUUUGUUGUUGGUCCACGCCAAAGCCCACGCAUUGAAAAACACGCACAAGCACAAGCACACACAUCACGACAAAAUGAAGUACUUCAACAUCUGCCUGCUCUUCAUCGUCUGCGCCCUGUGCUACGGAGUGGUGUCCGCCCAGGAGGAGGGUGGUCCCGCCGUGUCGCCGGCGAAGAGGAUCGCCGCCCUGCGCCGUCCGGUCGGUAAGGCGGCCAAGGUGACCACCACGACGACACCGGCGCCAGCACCGGCGGAUGCCGGCGGCGAGGGCGAGGAGUAUGACGAGGAGGCCGGCGAGCAUGGCGAUCAUGGCGAGGAGGGCGACGAGGCGGCCUAUGCCAGCUCCACCACCACCACCACCACGGAGGCGCCCAAGAAGGUCGGCCCGGUGAUCCGGCCGUUCCGCUCCAACGAUGAUUUCCUCAACUCGCUGAAACGCCGCCAGGCGAACGCGAAGAAGCACCGCGCCGAGAAGCCACCCAGUCCCAGCAAGCCGGCCAAGAAGAGCGACGAGUCCAACUCCGGCGAGCAGGAGGAGCAGGCAUCCGCGCCAGCACCCGCCCCAGCAGCCAGUCCCGCCAAGGGUUACAAGGGCAACUCAGCAUUGAGCCGUCGCAAGCUGUCGAAGCCCGCCAAGGCGACGCCCGUGGAGGCGGUGGAGGAUGCCGCCGCCGAGGAAUCGGAGCAGCAGCAGAAGGAGGAGACGAAGCCCAAGCGCCCCAUCGGUCGUUUGGCCCUGCGGAAGCGCAACUAAGCGGUGGGAUUUGAUUAUCAAUGAGUUCCAACUCCUAUUCUCUACAAAUCCCAGUGCCUACCGCCCCCGCCCCCGCCCCACUUACAUUUCCCUCUGCCCAUCGAAUCAUAUGGCUAGCUAUGUGGCAGCCCGAUCUGCCCUUUAGUUCUUAGUUCGCAAUUGAUUUUUCGUGUAUGUAAUAUAUUUGUAAUCUUAUGUUGUAAACAAAAACACACGCACACACACACACACACACACACGCACACACAACACUUACUCAAUCACGCCCACCACCGCCACCAAGACCACGCCCACUAUCCAGAGCCAGUCCCAUCCUCCAUGCAAGUGAUAAAUACGCAUAUAUAUUUCGCGAAUAUAUGUGCGAGUAUUUACGCGGGCACAAUUAUGUAUUCUUCACAACCAUCAAUCAAACAAUCAAUCAAUCAACCAAUAAUAAAAACAACAAAAUCAAAAA